AUGGGCUCCGCGCUGGACCCCGCCUUCCGCCUGCUGCAGGAGCACGCGCACGGCUUCAUGGUCUCCCAGGUUCUCUUCGCCGCCUGCGAGCUGGGCCUCUUCGACCUGCUGGCCGAGGCCCCGGGGCCCCUGGACGUGGCGGCCAUCUCCGAAGGCCUGGGCGCCAGCCCCCGGGGGACAGAGCUGCUGCUGGCAGCCUGUGUGCCCCUGCGGCUGCUGGACGUGGACACCCGCGGGGGGACGGCCCGGUACGCGAACUCGGAGCUGGCCCGCGCCUACCUGACCAGCCGCAGCCCCACGGGCCAGCGCGCCAUGCUCCGGUACCUGGGCAGCACCACCUACCGCUGCUGGGCCCACCUGGCCGACGCCGUGAGACAGGGCAGCAACCAGUACCUGAGGGCCUUCGGCGUCCCCGCGGGGGACCUGUUCGCGGCCAUCUACAGGUCCCCGGCCGAGCGGCUGCAGUUCACGCGAGGCCUGCAGGAGAUCUGGAGCGUCGACGGGCGSCGGGUGCUGACCGCCUUCGACCUGUCCCCGUUCCGCACCGUCUGCGACCUCGGGGGUGGGGCCGGGGCGCUGGCCCAGGAGUGCGCCUCUCUGUACCCCGGGUGCCAGGUCACCGUCUUCGAGGUCCCCGAGGUGGUGCAGACGGCCAGGGCCCACCUCCCGCUGCCGACGGAAGGGCAGGUGGGCUUCCGCGAAGGGGACUUCUUCGCAGACCCCCUCCCCGAGGCCGACCUCUACAUCCUGGCCAGGGUCCUGCACGACUGGYCAGACGAGACGUGCUCCCGGCUGCUGGCCAGCGUCCACCACGCCUGCAGGCCCGGUGGCGGCGUCCUGGUGGUGGAGCGUGUGCUGGACGCGGACGGCCGGGGCCCGCUGGCCACGCUGCUGGGCUCGCUCAACAUGCUGCUGCAGGCCGAGGGCUGCGAGAGGACCGCCGCCCAGUUCCGCGCGCUGCUGGCCGCCGCCGGCUUCGGGGACUUCGCGCUGCGCAGGACGGGCGGCGUCCACGAUGCCAUCCUGGCCACCAAGGCGCUGCCCGGGGCCGGCCACCCUGGGGCCCGAGGACAAUAA